UUUAACUUAGCCUGCAAGAGUUUGUCUACCCUGAGCGAAAUGGCUAGAGCAUUAGUGCUGUUGUCGGUGGUGCUGGUUAGUUUGUUGGUGAACCAGGGGAGAGCAUCAGACAACCAGCGGCUCUUCAAUAAUGCAGUCAUUCGUGUGCAACACCUGCAUCAGCUGGCUGCAAAAAUGAUUAACGACUUUGAGGACAGCCUGUUGCCUGAGGAACGCAGACAGCUGAGUAAAAUCUUCCCUCUGUCUUUCUGCAAUUCUGACUACAUUGAGGCGCCCACUGGAAAAGAUGAAACACAGAAGAGCUCUAUGUUGAAGCUUCUUCGCGUCUCUUUUCGCCUUAUUGAGUCCUGGGAGUUCCCCAGCCAGACCCUGAGCGGGACCGUCUCAAACAGCCUGACCGUCGGCAACCCCAACCAGAUCACUGAGAAGCUGGCCGACUUGAAAAUGGGCAUCAGUGUGCUCAUCCAGGGAUGUCUCGAUGGUCAACCAAACAUGGAUGAUAACGACUCCCUGCCGCUGCCCUUUGAGGAAUUCUACUUGACCAUGGGGGAUAACAACCUUAGAGAGAGCUUCCGUCUGCUGGCUUGCUUCAAGAAGGACAUGCACAAGGUCGAGACCUACUUGAGGGUUGCAAAUUGCAGGAGAUCCUUGGAUUCCAACUGCACCCUGUAGAUGGCGCCGGUGUAUAGCUAGUCAAUACCUGGAACACGUUUGUGCUUUGCUGCAAAUCUAAGACCAGUUUACAGUCUGGUCUUAUAUAUGCAGGAAAUGUCAACCAGGCAUGCCUAGGUCUGUGUUUUCUUUUUCCCUCCUAUAUUUAAACCUCACCUAUGUAUUUAUUCUUCUCAUUGGGGAGUGCUCAGAAAUUAAAGCCGUUCCUUUAAAACGUGAAAGGCUAUAACACUUCACAGUGGUGCUAAGCAAUUUCUGGCAAUAUUUUCAAAUAAUGUGGCCUAAUUGACUUGAGUCAAAGUGCUGACAAUGUGUUUAAAAAAGGGCUAACUAUCAGUGUUACGUCUUAAAUUGGAUUGGUUCACUCUUCAGUGUAUGUAUGUAACAUUUGUCUCAUAGAUUAUGCUCUUAUUAUUAGCGCAUUCGUAUUCUUUUCAAGCGCUGUGUCUUUCUCCAUUAAAGUUUUAAGUUGCAUCCAAUAUUCUUUUUCCGUGUGGUUUAAUUGUCCUGCCUGUCUUAACGUGCACACCUAAAAGUAAAAAUUCAGAUCAAAAUCUGUUGCAGUUCCCUAUCAUGAGCUGUAAUGCGUCCCAAAACAAUGAGCAAGAUAAAAUUGACCGACAAUUUUACUGAUGCUAUUAAGCUACAAACAUUGGCACAUUAAAACAACACAUG